AUGAGUAUGAUCAAUUUAGGCUCAAACAACAGCUUUACUAACAACAGUUUUGAUACCGCCGAAAAUGGCAAUGUUUUCAAUUCUCACAACUCUCAUAAUUCUUAUAAUUCUUAUAACUCUAACUCUAACUCUAAUUCUAAUUCUAAUUCUAAUUCUAAUAAUAAAAAUAAUCAUGGUCAUAAGAGACAAACCUCAAUGUGGGAAAGCAUUUCGAAACCUUUAAGCAUUUUCAAAAAUUUUGAUUCAAUGCUACAAGAUGAAUUUGAAAAAUAUUCACUGGGAAACUCCGAUAAAUUUACUGAAAAUAAUUUCAGCAGCUACCAUGAUGAUGCGAAUUAUAAAGAUAACAUAGAUAAUCCUAAAAAAAACACUCUUAACGGCUUUAGCAGUAUAAAUAAUAACCAUUUGAUUGAAAAUAACAAUAGCGAUGAUUUUGAUAACUUUUUUAGUGCUAAUAUGAAUAUGAAUAUGAAUAUGAAUAUGAAUAAUAACCAGAACGGUGUAAUCAAAGAAGCUCCAAACGAAAGCGAAAAUGAAAUCGAAGAAAAUGAUGAAAGUAAUGAAAGUAAUGAAAGUAAUGACUUUUUUAAUUUCGAAGAUACUAUUUCAGUGCCGGUUAAAAAAUCAGUCAAUCCCAAUAGAAAAUCAACAUUAUCAAGACAAAACUCUGUUUCUAAUCCAUUGAUGAUUAAAUCCAACUCCAUAAAUGGCAUUAAAAGCCCAGUAUCCUCUAUAAGAAGAAGCAACAGCUUGAGAACGAAUACAAAAUUUUCUAAAAAUAGUGGAAUAAGUAAUUCUAGCGAAGAUUUUUUUGGGAAGCAUACCAAUAACAACAAUAAUAAUAGAGCUCCAUCAUCAAAUUUCAGACACCUCAAGGGAUCCCCAAUCAAUUUAAAUAACCACAAAAUUGUGCACAAGUCCAAUGGGUUGAGUUCUGCUAACGGAUCACAACGCAAAGUAGUCAGCACCAGAAAGGAUAUCAGUAAUCCCAUAAAGGAAUUGGCAUCCCCCGAUUCAACUGAAGUGUUUCAAAAUGUAUCAUCAUCCUUCUGGACAAUUUAUUCAGAUGUCAAACAAGGUAUCUUGUCAACAAUAGAUGAGCCCGAAAAUAUUCAUAACAGCAAUCAUAGUGGUGACAACAAAAACCCCAACAGUAAUAACAGUCUCGACGAUGUGAACUUGAUUGAUCUUGAUGAUGAAAGCUCUCCUGUCAACUUGUUGGAUGAGUUUCAGAGAAAGCUGACGGGCGAAAUGGAGCUGAUAAGAAGCUUGCCCCGAAAAAGGGUCUCCAGUGAUAUCAGCAAGAAAUUUGAUUAG